AAAUUGUAGAACAUACCUUACGAGUAAUUCGUUCCUACGAGAAAAGGGCUUCACUAUCGUCUUCUUCCUCAUUCCUUUUAUGUGUAUAACCAACCAACAAUGGCGCUCGAUGUUGCAGAGAUUGAUCCAACCCCUCCCUUCUCUCCUUCUAAACUCUUCAAUGGAAAAUCAUCUUCCCCUUCCAAGAAUAAUUCCGCAUUAUUUAACACUAACAACUUCCCUUCCAUUUCUUCUUCAACCACCUCCUUCUCCACCCUCCAUGAAUCUCUCCCCGAAUCUCCUCACGUCUUCGAUUUCUCUGAAAUCAUCGCCGCCACCAACAAUUUCCUCACCAACCGAAUCUCCACCGCAUCUUCCACUCCCUCCUGGCGCUGCACACUUCAUGGCAAGGAUGUCAUCAUCUUCCAACGCAAGUUCCAGCCUCAAAUCGGCCUUCAACAGUUUAAAGAUCGCUUCUACAAGAUCUGUCUGUGUCACCAUACCAGUAUAAUUCAACUCCUCGGCAUUUCUAUCUCUGCCGAUUAUCUCUAUUUGGUUUACAAUUUCGUAAAUGGAGCUAAGCUCUCCGAUUGUUUGAGAAGCUCCAAAACCCCUAAUUUCACUGUUUUAUCCAGUUGGAUUUCCAGAAUGCAAGUCGCUACAGAUUUGGCACACGGACUCGAUUACAUCCAUAACAAAUCAGGAAUCAACAUCAGUUUAACGCAUAAUCACAUAAAGAGUAGCAGUAUUAUAGUAACAGAGCCUUCGUUUAACGCGAGAAUUUGUCAUUUUGGUGUAGCGCAACUCUGUAAUGAGGAUGAUUGGAAUAAAAGAAUUGAAAAACCUUCUAGCGAAAUUUUCGAAAACUCAAAGAAGAAAAUGGAGUUGAAAGAGAAGCAACUGCGGCUGAAAUCGAAGAAAGUACAGAUAAAAGGGGUUAGAGGAUACAUGGCGCCGGAGUACAAAUCCAGCGGCGUAGCAACGCCGAUGACGGACGUGUAUGCAUUUGGCGUCGUGAUCUUAGAGCUGUUGACUGGUGAAGAGCCCGUGAAGUUCGAAUUUGAUAGAAGGAAAGGGAAUUUCGUUAGGGUUUCUUUGGUUGAGAGUGCCAUGGCGGUAAUCGAAGAAGGUGGUGGUGGUGAUGACGUGGAAGGGAGGUUGAGAAAGUGGGUAGACCGUAGGCUUAAGGACUCAUUUCCGAUACGCGUCGCGGAAAAGAUUACUCGAUUGGCUAUUCGAUGUGUCGACGUGGAUCCAGCUAAGCGGCCUAAUAUGGCCCACGUGGCAAACAAGAUUUCCAAGUUGUAUAUAGAGUCAAAAAUUUGGUCUGAUAAUUUGGUAAACCUUGCCAACUUGUCAAUGUCACUUGCUCCUCGAUAGAUAUUUUCAUCUUUCUUGUCAAAUUCUCCAUUUUAAGUCCAAAAUGUGGAAAAGAAUUAUUUGUACCUUAGAUGGAGAUAUGCAUAGAUCCCAUUAUCGUGCAUUGUUUGCAUCCUUUUACUUCAUUAGUCUAAUGAAUGCAUUACAUAGCAAGAAAAAAGAAAAUUAAAAUUAAAUUCGUAUAUUUCAUAUAUCUUCGAC